AUAAAGGCCCAUCCUGGUGGGUCCUGUUGAGCUGUUCUCUAGAGGUGAUCAUUGGGAUGGGUGAAAGAAUUGAGCUGACGGCGCCUCCAGGUCCUGAGAACGACUUUCCCCUGCCCGCUGUGUUCCCAGAGCCUUACAUGGAGGAGGGAGGGCUGGGAGUGGAGGCAGGGCUGGGAGUGGAGGCAGGGCUGGGAGUGGAGGCAGGGCUGGGAGUGGAGGCAGGGCUGGGAGUGGAGGCAGGGGAGCAGGAGGGGGAUCCAGAAACUGAAGAACCUGAGCGGGAUGAUGACUCGCGGACGUGCAGCCCGGACCUGCUGAGCAUGCUGCAUGCUGCAGAGAGCAGGAGGAGCAUGCUGCAUGCUGCAGAGAUGCAGCAGCCUUCCUCUGGAGGGGCAGACAGACAGGAGUUCCCCCCCAGAGGAGGAGAACAAACAUCAGAAGAGGCUCCAAAGAUUGACAGGCAGCUCCAGCUGACAGACCCAAAGAACGAGUUCAACAAACGUCCGAUCAAGAUGGUCUGCCGCUCGCUGUCCCACUCCCUUUCUCAGUCAUCCACGGACAGCCACAGCUCAGCCUACACAGACAGCUCUGAGGAGGAGGGCCCCCCCAGGGUGCAUCAGCAAAAGACCUCCAAGGGCUUCUCAGACUUCUGCGUCAAAAACAUCCAACAGUCUGACUUUGGGCGCAGGGAGAUAGACAUUGCAGAGCACGAGAUGCCAGCUCUCAUGGCCUUCAGGAAGAAGGCGGAGGGGGACAAGCCUUUGGCGGGAGCCAGGGUGGUGGGCUGUACCCACAUUACAGCCCAGACCGCCGUGCUGAUAGAGACGCUGGCGGCAUUGGGAGCCCAGUGUCGCUGGGCAGCCUGCAACAUCUACUCCACCCAAAAUACUGUGGCUUCAGCUCUGGCAGAGGGAGGGAUCUCCGUGUUUGCUUGGAAGGGAGAGACGGAGGAGGACUUCUGGUGGUGUAUCGACAGUUGUGUGACUCAGGAGGCCUGGGAGCCAAACAUGAUCUUAGACGAUGGAGGAGACCUGACCCACUGCAUCAAUAAGAAGUACCCCAACCUGUUCAAGAGAAUCAAGGGCAUUGUGGAGGAGAGCGUGACAGGGGUACACAGACUUUACCAGUUGUCAAAGGCUGGCCGGCUGUGCGUUCCAGCCAUGAAUGUCAAUGAUUCCGUCACCAAACAGAAGUUUGACAACCUCUACUGCUGCAGAGAGUCCAUAUUGGAUGGACUGAAGCGAACCACAGAUGUCAUGUUUGGAGGGAAGCAGGUUGUGGUGUGUGGUUAUGGAGAGGUUGGUAAAGGUUGCUCUGCAGCUCUGAGGGCCAUGGGCUCUGUGGUCUACAUCACAGAGGUGGACCCCAUCUGUGCCCUGCAGGCGUGCAUGGAUGGCUUACGAUUAGUCAAGCUGAAUGAGGUAAUCCGACAGGUGGACAUGGUCAUUACCUGCACAGGUAACAGGAGUGUGGUUGGGAGAGAGCAUCUGGACAGGAUGAAGAGUGGCUGCAUCGUGUGCAACAUGGGCCACUCCAACACUGAGAUAGAUGUGGUGAGUCUGCAGAGCCCAGAGCUAACUUGGGAGCGUGUGAGGUCACAGGUGGACCAUGUGAUAUGGCCGGAUGGCAAGAGGAUCGUCUUAUUGGCCGAGGGUCGACUCUUAAAUCUGAGCUGUUCCACAGUACCCACAUUUGUCCUAUCCAUUACUGCUACCACACAGGCACUGGCUGUGAUAGAGUUGUACAAUGCUCCUGAGGGACGCUACAAAAAAGAUGUCUACCUGCUGCCCAAGAAGAUGGAUGAGUAUGUGGCCAACCUCCACCUGCCUACGUUUGAUGCCCACCUGACAGAGCUGACUGACGAGCAGGCCAGGUACCUGGGACUCAGCAAGCAUGGGCCUUUCAAACCCAACUACUACAGGUAUUGAUCCAUGACACUGAGGCCCAAUGUCUCAGGUCUUUGACCCAGCAAGGUUCACAUCUCCUGGCUGGUUUGGGGUCUGUGGCGGGAGUCUGAUCCACUACCAAACUGAACUGGAGCAUGGUGCUGACUUGUUAGUUGUUAAGCAUAUUACAUUACAUUUGGUCAUUUAGCAGACUUACAGGUAGUACAGGGACAUUCCCCAAAGGCAAGUGGGGUGAAGU